CAUCAAUCAAAAAAUAAUUCCGUUUGUUUGAACUUUUUCAAUACAGAAGAUGGAGGGAAUUGUGUAAAUUUACUGUAACUGUAACUGUUAAUUAUAUUUUAUAAAUGGAUAAAUUUUUGUAGUUACUAUUAACUCCAAUUGCAUAAGGUACCAUAAAUCAGGUAAUAAUGGACAAAAUGCAGCAAGUCUUACAACAACCACUUCAGUACAGAUGUGAUCAGAUCACUCAUUGGGUUGAUGAAUGUACUAACAAGGACCUGGAGUAUGCGCUGCCCGAUAUCAUUGAGGACAUAUUCGGCAUCAGUAAUCGGGUCGGUUGGGGCCUGCUCAAUAUUGAGUACACUCUGAACCCUCAAGAAUACGAUCUCCUGUUCAAAUUUCUGCAUCCCAAUGGACCAAUGUUCCGGCUAUGCUACAAAUUGCUGUCAGAUCCAUACAUCAAGUACAAGUUCCAACUCUCAUUUUUGCCCCAAAAGAUAAAACAGUCAAUAGAAGAAGGAACGGCUCUACCAUUCUACAUGGAAAAGCUUGAAGUAGAGCCCCGGACUAGAGCGCCAUUACAUUUGGCUCUGAAUCCGUUUGAGUUAUAUAUGUUCCACUUCAUACACCAUGUGGUGAAUCCCUGCUUAAAGUCAGCACCAUACCAGGAGACCAAGGUGUACUCCUCUCUGUACUUACGACUCGCUGAGGAGUAUCUCUGUGUGUUCCUGCCGUGUGAUGGGUCGACUGUACUACCUGAGUUACCUAACCAUUACAUUUCCCAGAGCCCUCACCGCUCUCUUCCACAGAAGCCGAUGAGAACAUCAACAUUGUUCCGCCAGGACGUGCUAGUCAAGAUGCUAAAGCAGAGCCCAGCUGUGAACACACUGCAGGCUUCCCCUCAUGUAGGCAUCUGGCGCAGUGAGCUUGCUGUGCAGCUCUGUAUAGACUUUUGGCUUAGCAUGCCCAACAGUGAAGGCUAUUGGGGUUAUGAAAAUCCCCAGUUAUAUGGGUUCAGUCAGUCGAUGUUCUUUGCCGAGCCUUUUUCCAUGUCUACGCAGCUGCUGUGGGCAGAAGACCAGUUGCCCAACAGUGAGCACUUGCAUGCUGUCCGGCUCUUGGUCAAACACCUCCACUACUUUGCCAAUAGUCUCGUAGAGGAUUCCAGUGCAAUGGAUGAGCUGAAAAAGGUGAUUAUUCCGUCGAGUCAACGAAGGGUUUACCAUUUCAUUCGGCAGACGAUGCAACACUGGCCUCUGGACUCUUCCUUCAAGCAGAUAUUGGAGAUUUGGCUGAGCUACAUCCAGCCUUGGAGAUAUAUUGACUUUAAGACCAGAUACAAUAGACCACGUGGAGAUCCAAUGCCAGUUGACUCUCGUUGGUUACCUUUCAUCGCUGAAAACCUUCUUGUGUAUUCAGUUAUCUUCCAUCAACUCAUUGAACGCUUUAAAAUGCUGGAUUUAGCAAGUGCCAGAAAUGCUUACAUGCUUUUUCGACUCACAAAGGUGUUCUCUCAACCGAACCUCAGUGAGUUGCUCAGACAGGUGGAGGGCAGUCUAGUGGAAAUGGAUGGAAGAGGUUACAGCAAGUGGGUGCAGUCACACCUGGUAGACCUUGAGGGACCCACUUUCCAGUAUAAACCUAUACUUGCAUCCGAUUCCAACAUUCAGGCCUUCAUACGCCUGGUGAAGGAAGCAGAACUGCAGGCAGUUACCAGGCUGGAAGAAGAACUACGGAAAGAUGAGCAAAUGGGAUUCUGGGAGAGACUGUUCUCCGGAGGUGGCAGUGACACUUACACUCUUGCUGAAAGGAAGAACGUGCCUAUAUUUCUCUCUGCAUCCAUCAAGAACUUCAUCAGUAUGUUUCAGAUUCCAGAGGACUCUGUUGAUAAUGUGACAAGAGCUUUUAUGAGCACUCCUAGAUCAUCAAGGCCUGCCUCUAUUAAUGAAAUGUCCCCCACACUGAUGAGGAGAGGACUGCAGGAUCUGAAAUAUGAGGGUGACCCAGAUCUCCAGCCAAUACGUUCGUACGAGUCUGCGUUCCUGGUUCGGUUUCUCUACCAUCUAUGUGCUUGGAUAAAUUAUAAUUACUCGAGCCAGCUAGUGAGGUGGUACAAACGGCGGGAUGUAGUGGGCGGAGUGGUCCGCCAAGUGUUGUGUGGGCCACAGGUGGUCUACCACUUCGACAAACGUGUGCCAGGCAUGUCACCACGCGUAUCGACUAGUCUGCCACCACGCUUGUCCCUACGCAGUCUGGCCAACUACUACCUGCUCGUCUACUCCGUACUGAUCAUGGUACUUGUUACAUUUUCGACUGGGCUGACUGUCCCUGCUGUGUCGGUCGUGUUCCUCUGCCUCUGGGUGGUAUUUAUGGUGGUCCGGUGGGCUCUGGGCUAUGCCCCAUUGGUGCCUAUUGUCAGUGUUCACGAUAUCAGUGAUAGCAGACCCAAUUUGUCUUUCAACGGUUGACUACCAGAAACUGUACAGAAGAUUGAAACUUGUUUCCCAUCUCUUCCAGUUUAGAAUCAAGAAUAACAAUGUCACACUGUGUUCUUUUUGAGUUAACUGUAGCUGUAAGAAUAAUAUUAAUUCAUGUUUUUUGUAACUACUUCAUAAUAUGUUUCAUUAAUUCAAUCAAAAAACUCUAUUCAUUAUUGCACAUGUGUACAUUUAAUAGUGUCAGAUAGGUAAAACUAACUAAACAGAGUUAUACAGUGAUGUUACCAAUAUUUUGUGUAAGUAAUUUAUCAAUUCCAUAUAUUGUCAGGUUAAUUAAAAAAUCUUUUAAUAAUUGUGAAAAUUUAUGCUGAGAUGCACAAGUUUUAAUAUGAUUGUGAAUACAUUUAAAAAAUUGUUAGAGCAUUAUAAAUAACAUUUUACUAAAAAAAUUCUAGUCUGUUCUAUUGUUUUUUGUCUCCCCUAGUCUUAUAAUUAUAUGUUAAACAUGUGCAGUUCAUAUCAGCCAGUAAAUUAUUUUUAACAAGUAAAAUGACAUCAUAGAUAUAUUGCCCAUAGACUGUCAAAAUUCUUAAUUCUUUAAAAUAAUUUCUAGCAGAAUCAUCUGGCUUCAAAUUAAAAAAAUACACCUAAUUACUUUUUUUUGAGCUUUUAAAAUCUUAUCCAAGUUUUCUUUUUUAGUUGCUCUAAAAACUGAUUACUGAUUAGUGCUUCAAAAACUGUUGAGAUUACUGGGAGAAGCGAAAUAGGUCGAUAGUUUUUUAUUUCUAAUUAAACUAACUUGUCAUAGUUUUAAUCACUAGUACAUAUUUUCGAAAUAAUACAAUUAUUUUGUUGUAAAUUAUUAUUUGUAAGAAUGUGAUACCUUUUAAAAUAAUUACCACAGCUCAAGGUUAUUUGGUUGUAUUUCAAAUUCUGAAUGCCUAUUAAAAAAGUUGUAAAUUUUAGAAUUUGUGUAGUAUACAUAUUUAGCUAAAAUAAAGUAACUUUUGCAAGUUUUUAA